AUGAUUCGCCCGCCAGUUAACGAUGUAGGUCGACCGUUCAAGCCCUAUGUACAAACGCUUCCGUCUAAAAGCUUUACUGCUUUAGGUUAUCUAUAUAGCAAAGAUAAGAAAUUAGACAAAUCGAAGUUGAGGGGUGAUCCAGAAAUGUCGAAGAUUGAGAGUAGUGGUACUACUACGUACCAGUGCAAGAAAUGUAGGAGAGUUGUGUUGUUGGAAGAGCAAGUGAUGAGUCAUACUCGAGGUGAGGCUGAUCAAGAGUUCGAUGUCAUGUUUCCAAACAUGAUUGGAGAUGUCCACAACAAGAAUCCUGGCGGCGAGGAGACGCAAUUGGAAGUUGAUGUCUCGGAAGGGAAGUUGAUGUGUCCGGAGUGUAAAGCUAGGAUUGGAAGCUUUCAUUGGUCAGGAAGUUAUUGUAGCUGCGGAAGCAAGAUUGUUCCGGCCUUUCAGCUUCAAAUGAGCCGCGUCGGUGUUAUCACUGUCAAAAAUGACAAGAACAAGAAGAAGAAGAAGCACUUGAAGAAAAGAACACAAGCUUGGAUUUUUUGCUGUGAUUCGGAAUAUAAGCUUUGUUUUUUUUUCUCCUUUUUUCUGCAUGAAAAUAUAGAGAUGGUGAAAUCAAUAGAAUCUCAGUUUUAA